AUGACUCCAAUGUUCCACAAUAGAUUAUUCUUCCAUUCAUCAUUCUCUCAAAGAUAUUUUAUUAGUACAAACUGCAGUAUUAUUGAUGGAAAUUGUUCUCUUGCAGUGUCAAACAGAAGAAUCGCCAUCUUGGGAAAAACUGGAGUUGGGAAAAGCAGCCUGGCUAACACCAUAUUUGGAGAGGAUUUGUUUGUUCCGGGCCAAACUCUCAACUCUGAAACAAAAAAAUGUCAAGCAGAAACCAAAUCUGUCAAUGGAAGAGAGAUCACUUUGAUCGACACUCCUGGUUUCUUUGACACAGAUAGAUCUGAGGAGGAGCUGAAGCGUGAGAUAGUGAGGUGUAUCAUAGAGUGCACUCCUGGGCCUCAUGCUUUUCUCAUUGUGCUUAAAGUGGAGAAAUUCAUAGAGCAGGAGCAGGCUGUCAUCACCAAAAUAAUCCAAUACUUUUCUGAAGAAGUCUUCAAAUAUGCAACAGUUGUCUUCACUCAUGGUGACCAGCUCCCUGAAGGACAGACAAUACAGAAUUUUGUCAGUCAGAAUAAGUUUGUGAGAGGUCUGGUGGAGAAAUGUGGUGGGAGGUGCUUCGUAAUUGAUAAUAAAUACUGGAACAAAAACCCAAAGGAUGAAUACAGGAGCAACCAGUUCCAGGUGGAGGAGCUACUUAAGUCUAUAGACAAGAUGGUGAAAAAAAACAAUGGAAGCUGCUACAACAAUGAGAUGCUUCAAGCAGUGGAGGAGGAAAUACAGGACGAAGUGGAGCUCAUUAGACAGCCAUCAGGAAACUUGUCAGCGAUAGAGGUUAGAGUGCAGGCUAGGGUUAAUGCAUUUAAGAAUCUCGGGCUUAGAUUGGCUGGUAUUGCAAAAGAUGCGACGUUAAGAGCUUUUUUUGGUGUCCUGAGACUAGUGAGAGAUGGCAUAUGAUACAGUUGACUGAGCAGAGACAGGAAACAGUCUGUCUGAGUCACUAACUCUCACAGCCAAAGUUAAAACCUACAAUGACUCUUGGAGAAGGGGACAGAAUUUGUCAUUAAUAAGUCAUAUAUCUUGCAUCUUUAACCAUUGAAUGAUCAUGUUUAUUCAUAUGUAAUAGGUUGUGCUUCUUGUGCUUCAAACUUUAGUCACUUAUUCCUGUUUCACAAGCAAACCACUGAGUGUCAGUUUGAUCUGUUGAUUAGUGCAUUUUUAACAGCAUAAAUAAAUCAAUCGUGUUUAAAUGUCAGUCUGAGUAGACUGUUGCUGUGUUUGUCAGCUGUCAGCUUUAAAAUAUUAAUCAAGUAUUAAA